AUGAGCAGAAGAACUGAGAAUUAUCGAAUUCUGAGCAGGGAAGAGCGAUGUGGGAGCAGUCAUCGCGGUCACUACCCGCGGAUUCGAAAAGAACGGGAACGUGGUCGUUCUCGAAGUCCACUAAGGCGCUCUGAACGUCCUCAACACGGCGACCUUAAUGCUUACCUGAGAAACAAGAUGGAGCGCCUCCGGGAGGACUUGGAAUCCCAAAAACCAGAUGAGAAUCAUUCAAAACCCGUUCACAAACGUGAUCGUCACUCCGAUAGCGAUAAAAGAGAUAAGUCUCGACAUCACAGACUUCAAGAAAGUGGAAAGACCAAAGAUAAAAAGCAUCAUAAGAAGCAUCGUCACAAGGACCACAAGGGUCGACAUGAGAAUUCCAGGAAAUCACCAGAACAGAGCGACGUUGAGUUUAAUGAAUCAGAAGAGGACGUGGAAGCCAUUAUUGAAAGGCGGCGUUUGGAGAGGCAAAAGCUUUUGGAGUCUCUCAGAUUCAGCACCACUACUCCAUCCCCUGAUCCCGGGUUAUCGCCCAAAGAAUCUGAGAUGCUAGAAGCCUUUCCCGAAGAGAAACUUAUGAAAUCAAUCACCAAACCCAUUUCGAAGUCGGAAUCAGCUUUAUUUGCUGGUGGGUCCAUUCCAAUUUGUUUUGAACAGUCUAACUGCUGUCUUUCAGAUGCUGUCGAUGGCUCCCCAAAUGGACGCAUGUCCGGUAUUCAGGCUCCUGCGGCAGUCGCUUUUCUGCACGAUCAUACUGCCCACACAACUAGGUCAUCUGAUAAGGGUUCCACUAAUGAAACAGCUCAGUCUUCUACGAAAAAAUUUGCUAUUGACAUAUUCUCUGGUGAGUUGCCAGUCGCUCCAUCUAACGGCGUACCUGGAACCAUGGAUCCUCGGGCGAUGGCGUCGGAAAACCAUUCUCUCGUGGACAACUGGGAUGAUGCCGAGGGUUACUACCGUGUGCGUAUCGGUGAGGUGUUGGAUAAGCGCUAUUCUGUUUACGGGUAUACAGGUCAUGGUGUAUUUUCCAAUGUCGUCCGCGCCCGAGAUAGCGCUCGUGGUAAUCUUGAGGUGGCCAUCAAGAUUAUUCGUAACAACGAAGUCAUGCACAAGUCGGGUCUGCAGGAGUUGGAGGUACUGAAGAAGCUGAAUGACACGGACCCUCAAGACCGGUACCAUUGUAUGCGAUUGUAUCGGCACUUCUUCCACAAGAACCACCUCUGCAUGGUGUUUGAGUCGAUGAGCAUGAAUUUGCGCGAGGUGUUGAAGAAAUACGGUCGAAAUGUUGGUCUCCACAUCGCCGCGGUGCGCUCCUACACUCACCAAAUGUUGCUAGCCCUCAAGCUCUUGCGUAAGUGUAACAUACUCCACGCCGACAUCAAACCGGACAACGUGCUGGUUAAUGAGAGUAAGAUCACCCUCAAACUCUCGGACUUUGGAUCCGCCUGCUCGGUGCAGGAGAAUGAGCCCACGCCCUACCUCGUCUCGCGUUUUUAUCGUGCACCUGAAAUUAUUUUGGGUCUCCCCUAUGAUUUCAAUGUCGAUCUGUGGUCCACAGCGGUGACUUUGUUCGAGCUCUAUACCGGACGGAUUAUGUUUCCGGGGAAGACCAAUAACGAGAUGCUUCGUCUCAUAAUGGAAACACGUGGACGUAUUCCUAAUCGCGUGGUUCGUCGGGGUACACUACGUCAUUCUCACUUCGAUGAACAAUGCAAUUUCCUCUACCACGACGUCGACAAGGUUACUCAUAAGCCAAAAACGACGGUUAUUCGAAACAUCCAGCCCACGAGGGAUCUGCUGGGUGACCUUACAUCCGACAGCCAAUUGACGUCAGCACUACUGAAGAAAGUGCAUCAAUUCAAGGACAUUCUUGAUAGGAUGCUAGCGCUUGAUCCGAGCAGACGUAUUUCGCUGAACGAUGCUCUCACUCAUCCCUUCAUUACGGAGUCAAUCGAGGAAGGAAAGUGA